AUGAAUUAUCUCCUCGCAACAUCGUCAGCAUUCUUAAGACAGUACUUCAACUACCAGGCGCCCCGCUGCAGCAGCAGCAGCAGCAGCAGCAGCAGCAGCAAUAGAGACAGCAGCAGCAGCAGCAGCAAUAGAGAUAGCAGCAGCAGCAGCAACCGCGGUGAUGUUGGGGAGAGGGGCAACAAAUGGCUUCAGCCGAGAAUUGCUGCUGCUGCUGCUGCCGAUGAUGCUGCUGCUGAUGCUGCGGAUGCUAAAGGGCUUGCAGACGUACAGCAGCAGCAGCAGCAGCAGCAGCAGCAGGGGAGAGAGAGGGAGGAGGAGGGCAGCUGGGUUGCUGCUGGUGCACCAGCAACAGUAGACAGAGAGGAAGCAGCAGCAGCAGCAGCAGCAGCAUCAGCAACAGCAGCAGCUAUCGCAGCUGCUGCUAACAGAGAUACCUUUCGUCUCCCUGCAGCAUCAGCUGUAGCUGAUGCUUUUCUCUCUUCCUUUCAAACAAAGGGGCUCUCACUGCAGGGCUGUCUCUGA